AACAAAAUUAUAACCAAAAAAAAGAAAUAAAAAUAAAAAAAAAUAAAAUAGAUUUCAUUAAAAAGUUUAAAUAGUUGACAUUAACCUAAUUUGUAUUAAACUGAAUGCAUUUGAUCAACAGCAACGAAAACAACAACAAUAGGAAGAGCAACGGAAAAAUAAAAACAAAAGUCUCUCGGUUAUGUGAUUAAGAAAUCUCCGGCAGUGAUUUAUUGCUGUAAUACGUGACCGACGGUUAUUUUUUUUAAAAAAAAAAGUCCUUAACACAACAAUUUGAAACAAUAAAAAAAAAAUUAAAUUUCUAAUGUGUAUACAAUAAAACUCGACGCAUUUUGCCGUACUGAAGUGGAUUAAAGUUCAUAUAAAAAAGUAGCACAGAAAGCCCUUUGUGUAUUUGCACGCACUCGUAUACGUUAUUAAGUACCAGUUCGUUCAAUUGGUGCUGUUGACUUUGUAAACCCCUUAGUGUACGAUACCGGCCUCAUCACGACGACUACAUUAUUGCAACAUUUCAAGGACGUCGUCACGACGAAGUUCUCCGGCAGAGACCAUCAUCUGCCGCCCCUCCAUCCCCAUCAUCAACAAGCCACACUGCAUCCCCAUCAUCAGCCGCAUCAGGCUGUGGCCCAAGGAUUUUCCACCAUUUUUCCAACAUACUUAGGCAUGGAUCGCGCCAGCGGCGGUAAUGCUGCUGGCGGCGGUCUGGGUAUAGUGUCAACAUCGGCCACGCAUGGCGGGGGCGGUGGAGGGGCUUUAAAUGGCCUAGAAGCCAUGUCGGCAGAGUCUACUGGAUUAUGCCUGCAGGAUUUAGUCAGCGCCGGAACAGCAGCUGGCGCCGGUUCGGCCGGUUCAGCGGAAAGUGUAACCACUACGAGUACAGCCCUGAGUAGUGGUAGUACCGGCAGUUCGACGGUGAAUAGCGGUAGUAAUGCCUCGGUGGGGGGCAGUGAUCAUUUGCACAAUCAUCAUAGUCUCCAUGAUACUAGUUCAUCAGUUAGCAUCUCUCCCGCCAUAUCGAGUCUGAUGCCAAUUGGCAGCUUAAGUCAUUUGCAUCAUGGCACCGGUCAAGAUUUGGUAACCGGUUAUAGUCAACAUCCUCAUCAUGGUGUAGUUCCGUCUCACACACCCAAACACGAACCGUUGGAAAAAUUGCGCAGUUUAUUCUUUUCAGUUUGGGCCGAAACUGAUUUUCGAGAUAGCCAUAGCUCCAUGGCUGCGGUCGCUAAUGGUUUGGAAAACACGCAUUUAAAUAACUUUCAAACAUCAACAACAUCAACAACCUCGUUAGCAAACCGCAAUCGGGACCGUAAAGAUGGCAAUCGUACCGUUAAUGAGACAACGAUUAAAACGGAAAACAUAUCCAAUUCUGGUCAUGAUGAGCCGAUGACGACAGCAGCGGAUGAACCUAAAAAUGAUAAGAAGAAUAAACGUCAACGACGCCAAAGAACACACUUCACAUCGCAACAACUGCAAGAGCUGGAACAUACGUUCAGUCGUAAUCGUUAUCCUGAUAUGUCGACGCGUGAAGAGAUUGCCAUGUGGACGAAUCUAACUGAGGCCAGAGUUAGGGUGUGGUUUAAAAAUCGUCGCGCCAAAUGGCGUAAACGUGAACGUAACGCCAUGAAUGCAGCGGUAGCUGCAGCUGAUUUUAAAUCCGGUUUUGGUACACAAUUCAUGCAACCGUUUGCGGAUGAUUCCCUAUACUCAUCGUAUACGUAUAAUAAUUGGACUAAAGUACCCUCCCCGCUCGGCACUAAGCCUUUCCCCUGGCCAGUGAAUCCUCUUGGUUCGAUGGUGACAACUAAUCAUCAUCAGAAUUCGGUAAAUUGUUUUAAUACGGGUGCUAGCGGUGUAGCCGUAAGCAUGAACAACUCUAUGCUGCCCGGUACGAUGGGCAGUACUUUGACCAAUUCAAAUGUCGGAGCCGCCCCUUGUCCGUAUACUGCACCUGCCAAUCCGUAUAUGUAUCGCGCUGCAGCUGAACCCUGUAUGACGUCGAGCAUGUCAUCGAGUAUUGCUACCCUACGUUUAAAGGCUAAACAGCAUACAACCGGCUUCGCUAGCCCAUAUUCGGCGCCCUCGCCAGUAUCGCGCUCCAAUUCGGCUGGCCUCUCGGCCUGUCAAUACACCGGUGUGACUGAUGUUGUUUGAGAAAACGCCCUGGGGGCUCUGCUCAAUCAGCACCAGCAUCAUCUACAUCAUUUCUCCGGUGGCGGU